AUGCUGGAGCUCUUGAAUGAGAUUAACGUGACGUUGACCGCGGAGUCGAAGAAGAAGCGAGAGGAAUACACCGCCGCGCUCACGGAGAAGAUGAAGAAUUUGGAGUUGGCCAAUGAGAUCUUAGUUCGAACGGCAGCAAAUCGUACCCGCAUCAGUACUGGCAAGACUUCGACAGAAAGGCAAAAGGCACAUACCGCUGCUCGAGUACACUUGGUAUCAACAGCUCGCAGUUCAACGACUUCACCAUGUUACACAACCAAGGUGUCAGGGUACUGGAAGAUGUACUUCCCGAGCGAGGUAGCUUCGACGAAGAAGUUCGGAAGAUCAUGGAGGCUCUUCAAUAAGUCGAAACCGAUGAGGACAUUGACAAGAUUAUCCGURGUCGAUCAAUCGAAUCGAAAAACCAUAUCAUACCUUGAUGGAACCGUGAGAGGGUAA